AUGGCAGAAGAAGUACAAAGUACACGUUUCGAUUCUGACGAUGAGGAGGGACGGUGUACACCAUCACCAGAACCUGAGACGAAAAAGAGGAAGCUGUCUCCUGCUCAACUUUUGCCUGCCGACGUGAUGAAAGGAAAUGAGGCAGACUAUGGAGACUUCGUCCUAGAUCGGACAGAGUCGAUUAGCCUUGACGCCGAAGAUAUAGCUGUGUUGGAGAGUUCAUCCGGAAAUGAGGACAAUUCGCUUUGGAAAGAGAAGAUUUUAUCCAGCUUGUUGUCAAGCCAAGAAGACGAUAAUGGUAGCCAGUCUGCAAAGAAAAAUACUCCGAAGAAGGUGAAUAACGGGUGUUUCAACUGCGAUGGCGAUCAUCAUCUGAAUGAAUGUCCUGAGCCAAAAGAUAUGAAAAAGAUCCGACAGCGACAGACCGAAAUGCGAAAUAGAACCAACACGACACGUUAUCACGACGGGGCACCUUCCGAGAAGAAAUUUCGAGCGGGCCGAAUUAGCGACGAUCUUCGUAAUGCACUUGGUAUAGGCAGACAUGACAUUCCUGAAUAUAUUUAUCGCAUGCGCAGAAUGGGUUUCAUCAGAGGAUAUCCACCAGGUUAUUUGAAAAAAGCGAUUGAUCGUGACGAUUCUAAUGAAGUACUGAAGUUCCAUAUGGUGGAAGAUAACCUGCCCGCUGAUGGAAGGCGUGAACGACCAGAUUCACCUCCGCCGGUAAUCAAUGCCGACAAAAUGAUCUAUUAUUGUGGAUUCAACCAAUAUUAUCGCGAUCUCCGAGAUGUUGGUGUUUUCCAUUUUCCUGCAUGCUACAUCAAAGAUUUACCGCACCAAUACACAAUUUUGCAGUACGAGAACUUCCGCGUACCACCAUUUCAUGAAUUUGUUGCCUACCAUCAAGAAGAAUUGAGGAAAAUGCAUGAAAGGAAACUCGAGGAACGGCGAAGAAAACGGGAGAAGGAAACCAGAUUGGCUAAGAAACGAAGUGAAGAAAUGUUGGAAGAUGGUGAGGUGAUCAUCUUGGAUCCUCCACCGCCACCUCCUCCGAACAAUGAUGAUGAUGAUGUGAUAAUAAUAGAUUGUGAACCGAGA